GCAGUUCAGAAGGAUCUGUCUCUCCAGCAGUCUAUAGUACUUCCGGGUAGUUUACGCUCCUGUUGUCAGUGUUCUCCUUUAUUCAUCAUCAUGUCCCAGAAGAAGGUGGCAGUGAUCCUCGCUGGCUGCGGGGUGUAUGAUGGCAGUGAGGUCCACGAGUCCUCUGCUGUGCUGGUGCAUCUGAGCAGAGCUGGUUCUGAGUAUGUGCUUUUCGCACCCAAUAUAGACCAGAUGCAUGUUGUGGACCAUGUGAAAGGACAGCCCACUGAGGAAACUCGUAAUGUGCUCACAGAGAGUGCGCGGAUCGCAAGAGGAAACAUUAAGGACCUUACAGAUCUGAAAGUCAGUGACUAUGAUGCACUCAUCAUACCAGGAGGCUUUGGAGUUGCUAAGAAUCUCUCUACCUGGGCAGUGAAAGGGAAGGACUGUUCUGUUCUAAAGGCUAUUGAAGAAACUAUUAAAGGAUUUCAUGCUGCUAAGAAGCCCAUUGGCCUGUGCUGCAUCUCCCCUGUGCUGGCUGCAAAGCUGCUUCCUGGGUGUGAAGUCACUGUUGGCUGCGAUACAGAGUGUGACAAGUGGCCCCAUGCAGGAACAGCUGGAGCCAUUACACAGCUUGGCUGUAAACAUGUCAACAAACAAGUCCAUGAAGUUCAUGUGGACAAGAAAAAUAAACUGGUCACUACCAGCGCGUUCAUGUGUAACAGCCCAAUACAUGAGAUCUUCGACGGCGUCGGUGAAAUGGUUAAAGAUGUACUCAAGCUAACUUAAAUUGGUAAUGGAAGAUGAAUACAGCUGAAUUCUCAAUAUAUAGUUAAAACUUCAUUGUGUUGAAUAAUGAAUUUAUUUAUUAACCUGAAUAAAGUGUCACUUUUGAUAUUCA